AUGCACGACUAUCAAAGCCUGAUCAGACACAAAUUAUCUGUUGCCAACCAUCGCCUGCAAAAGCUUAUAUCUUUAGGAAUUAGCACUGUUGGAUGGAUUUUAUGGAUAGGCGGAACCUCAAUCGUAACACUAGUGGGACCAGUAAUGUUUCACUACGAUCGUGAAUGCCAGCUUCUCGAAAUGCAGCAACAAAUUAUACAGGCCCAACAAGCUGCCACGACACCCAUUCUUAAUUAG